AUGGACAACGCUUUCCCCCCGGGGACGCGGGUCUUCUUUUGGGACGGGUCCGGCACCGUCAAGCAUGGCGUUGUUCUCGCAACUGCUCGCUUAGGCGACGGUACUCAGGUUGCACAGGUCCAGGUCGAAGGGGAAACGGCGCUAGUGAGCCUCCCGACGGCCAGCCUGAGCAAGGCUUAG